CUCGCCGUCUGUGGUUGGUAGUGGCGUUCACGACGGUUUGCGACAUACCGUACGUGGACGCUCAACUCUCCCGGGUGAGAUACCGGCUGAGCGGCGCAGUUGCACAGAAAUAUCAAAGAAAGCGACUGAUAUUCCGAUAACACUCUGCACUUUUUGUCAGAUCAGAAGCACACGUGGUUCAUACGUCGUCUCUGCUGCCCGUAAUUGCUCGCGGUAAAUGUGGACUCUUUCGCUGAGCGGAAAAGCGACGCGAGGGAAGGCAACUAAUUGUCUAAACGGGGCUUGAAGUAAGUUGCCUCCCCAGCGGCGCUUUAAAGGGAAGCCACAGCCCGGAUCCCCAGAAUAACGGAGAAAAUGGACUAUGAUUUCAAAGUGAAGCUCACCGGGGAAAGAGAACGAGUCGAGGAUCUCUUUGAGUACGAGGGAUGUAAAGUUGGACGGGGGACAUAUGGCCAUGUGUACAAAGCAAAGAGGAAAGAUGGGAAGGAUGACAAAGAUUAUGCUCUGAAGCAGAUUGAAGGCACAGGGAUCUCUAUGUCCGCCUGCAGAGAGAUAGCACUGCUGCGUGAACUGAAGCACCCCAAUGUGAUCUCACUGCAGAAGGUUUUCCUGUCACAUGCAGACCGCAAAGUGUGGCUUCUCUUUGACUACGCUGAACAUGACCUCUGGCACAUCAUUAAGUUCCACAGGGCCUCCAAGGCCAAUAAGAAGCCUCUUCAGCUGCCACGUGGGAUGGUAAAGUCUUUGCUCUACCAGAUCCUGGACGGCAUCCACUAUUUGCACGCCAACUGGGUCCUGCACAGAGACCUGAAACCUGCCAACAUAUUGGUAAUGGGAGAAGGUCCUGAAAGAGGACGUGUGAAGAUAGCUGAUAUGGGUUUUGCACGGCUCUUCAACUCACCACUGAAGCCUUUAGCAGAUCUGGAUCCUGUAGUUGUUACAUUCUGGUACAGAGCACCAGAGCUGCUGCUGGGAGCCAGGCAUUACACCAAAGCCAUCGAUAUCUGGGCGAUUGGCUGUAUCUUUGCUGAGCUUUUGACCUCAGAGCCUAUCUUCCACUGUCGACAGGAGGACAUUAAGACCAGUAAUCCCUACCAUCACGAUCAGCUGGACCGGAUCUUUAAUGUCAUGGGCUUUCCUGCAGAUAAAGACUGGGAGGACAUUAAGAAGAUGCCGGAACACUCUACAUUGAUGAAAGACUUUAGGAGGAAUACGUACACUAACUGCAGCCUUAUAAAGUAUAUGGAGAAACAUAAAGUCAAACCUGACAGCAAAGCAUUCCACUUGCUGCAAAAGCUGCUUACUAUGGACCCCAUCCGCCGAAUCACAUCUGAGCAGGCCAUGCAAGACCCGUACUUCCUGGAGGAGCCUUUACCCACAUCUGAUGUCUUCGCUGGCUGCCAGAUUCCUUAUCCCAAACGAGAAUUCCUGACGGAAGAGGAGCCUGAAGACAAGGCAGAUAAAGUAAGAAAUAAAAACCAGCAGCAGCAGGGGAACAACCACACCAAUGGGGCGGGGCACACAGGUAACCCUGACAACAGCCACGCACAAGGCCCACCUCUGAAGAAGGUGAGAGUGGUUCCGCCCACUACUACCUCAAGUGGCCUGAUCAUGACCUCAGAUUACCAGCGCUCCAAUCCACAUGCUGCCUACCAGAACCCAGGACCAAGCACAUCAUUGCCCCAAAGCAGCAUGGGAUACUCCUCUACCUCCCAGCAGCCUCCACAGUACUCACACCAGACCCACCGCUACUGAGUCAGGCCACGCCCCCCUCUCACAGUGCCCAAUAGGGAGAAUGUACUUAGGGAGGCGGGUGUGGACCUGAGCCGAACCGCCCCACCCACUGGCUUUGCUGUGCAGCAUUUCAACCGCAGGAACAGUAACUGUAACCUAACAACACAUCACCGUAUCAUACAGCCGACAUUAUCCUCCGCUGACAAAAGGAGAAAGAAAAAAAAGAAAGAAAUAACAGACUCUAAGUGAAAACAAAUGAAAAAAGCUGAUGAAAAGCGGGUAUUUGUUCCAUUGGUGAUAAACACAAAAAAAGCAACAAACAUUCUCCAUAUGUGGUACUGAACAGCUGCACUAUGUAGUGAGACUGGUUUGGAGUGAGGUGGAGAUCCACCAUACCAUCCAAUCUCUUUAGCCCCAGUCCUUCUUGCCCUCACUUUUGAAAUCCGUUGGCCUCUCCCAAGACUUAAAGCUGCUAUGUGACUGCCAGCAAAGACAGAAUGACGUAUGUCAGUUUGUCUGUCUCUCCGUCUGCCCUUAUACACACACACUAACUCUCACACACACACUCACACACAUGCAUACAAAUACUGAAGCACUCACUCUUUUAGCCCAUUGCUGGGGACCGAAUUCUCUGUGCUGGAGCUGCUGACUGAAGCAUAAUGAGAACCUCUAGUGCCCCCUGCUGGAUCAUACUGGUAGAAGGCGGUAUAAAAGAAACCACAAACUUGAUUUUAGUAGUUAAUAAUUUAAUGUUUUGGUUUUACAUUAGGAGAGGUCAGCAACUUCCAUUUUGCUGUCAGACCGGCUGUUAUGCGUGAAAGAUCGGCCUUAGAACUUCAUGACAAACGUUGUGUGGACAGCAGAUUGAACAUGCAUUGUACUGUAUUGUAAUGAAAUAUUUUACAUGAAACAAAUAUCCUGACAAUAAAAGUGGAAGC